GACAUCCAAGUAGGCAUCUCGCCCUCCGCUGAGGACCCGCAGGCUUCCGCCCUGGUCUCUGAUUCCCGGAGGGUCUCGUUAAGUUGCUGAGCCUGGCUUUGAACUUGGAAUCCUCCUGCUUCAGCCUCAACAGUCGCUGGGUUUACAGGUGUAUACCGUGGCGUCCAGCACAAAAAUUUCCUUUACCCUUUGGACAACCACUUGAGAGGUGUUCAGAGGUAGCAGAAUUUGCUGUUGGCAGUGAAGGAGAGGAAUUCCAGAAAAGCAACUCUGAGGUCUUCCAGGUGUUACUCUGGAUUCACAUAUCUGACAGCUGGUGCUGACUGUUGACUGAGAUGUCUUGUUUCUUCUCCAUAUGGCCUUUCAUCCUUUAUGAGACCAUACAUAUAACGUGCCAGUCUCGGGAGAGAACUCCAGGAUAGCCAAAUCCAAUGCAAAAUCACCUCUGUUUAUUUCACAUUUGUCAGUGUGACAUCGACCCCAGCAAAUCACAGGUAGUAAUUGAUAGAAAACUUAAGUGGGACAGGAUUUAUUCUCCCCACACUUAUAAACCAAUGAUGGGAAAAUGGGAAGCAAAACUGAAGCGAAUUGAAGAACGAGCAUCUCACUAUGAGAGGAAACCAUUAUCCUCUGUGUAUAGACCAAGAUUGUCCAAGUCAGAAGAACCACCUUCCAUUUGGAAGCUAUUUCAUCGACAAAAUCAAGCUUUUAAUUUUGUUAAAAGCUGUAAAGAGGAUGUUCAUGUAUUUGCUUUGGAAUGCAAAGUGGGAGAUGGUCAGCGUAUUUACCUUGUAACAACCUACCCUCAGCUUUGGUUUUACUAUAAAUCUCGACAAAAUCUCUUGCACUGCUAUGAAGUUAUUCCUGAAAAUGCUGUGUGCAAACUUUAUUUUGAUUUGGAAUUUAACAAACCUGCCAAUCCUGAAGCUGAUGGGAAAAAGAUGGUUGCAUUACUCAUAGAGUAUGUUUGCAAAGCACUCCAAGAAUUAUACAAUGUUAAUUGUUCAACCGAAGAUGUUUUCAACUUGGAUUCCAGCACUGAUGAAAAAUUUAGUCGUCAUUUAAUAUUUCAGCUCCGUGAUGUGGCAUUUAAAGAUAAUGUUCACGUUGGUAAUUUUGUAAGAAAAAUUUUGCAGCCUGCAUUUAAUUUAAUUGCCAGUGAAGAUGAUGAUAGAAUUCCAGAGAUAACAGGUUAUGAAUCUUCCCAUUUUGCGGAAGCACCAUUAAAACAAGGAGUUUCCUUGAAUAAUAUGUUCAAAGUUAAGGAUAUGGGAGAGAACUGGGCAUUAAAUUCAGAGGAACUGGAGAGACUGGGGUCAGCUGACCAAAGUGGUCCUGAUCUUUCAUUUUUAGUUGUAAAGAACAACAUGGGAGAAAAGCAUCUUUUUGUGGAUCUAGGAGUUUAUACAAGAAACAGAAACUUCCGACUAUAUAAAUCAUCAAAAAUAGGAAAGUGUGUCACCUUGGAGGUUGCUGAAGAUAACAGAUUUUUUCCUAAACAGUCAAAAAGUAUUUCUGAAGAAAAUCAAUAUUUCCUCUCUUCCUUGGUCAGCAAUGUCAGAUUCUCAGAUACUUUACGAAUUCUUACAUGUGACACAUCUCAGAUUAAACGAAAGCGAGCUGAGUAUUUGAAUAGUACCAUCUCUUCAGAAACCAUUGAAGGUUUUCAGUGUUCACCUUAUCCUGAAGUUGAUCGUUUUGUUCUUUCUUUGGUGAAUAAAAAUGACAUUAAAGGAGGAAUUCGGCGUUGGAGCUACUUUUUCCCAGAAGAAUUAUUGGUUUAUGAUAUUUCCAAAUAUCGGUGGUGUGAAAACAUUGGAAGAGCCCACAAGAGUAAUAAUAUCAUGAUUCUGGUUGAUCUGAAAAAUGAAGUUUGGUAUCAAAAAUGUCAUGACCCUGUAUGUAAAGCAGAAAACUUCAAAUCUGACUGUUUUCCAUUACCUGCUGAAGUCAGUCUUCUGUUUCUUCUCAAAGAGGAAGAAGAGUUUACAGAAAAUGAAACUGGGCACAAUGAAACCAAGAAUCCUCAUGAUCUACCACCCAGCGGAUCAUCAGUAGGUGCAUCUGCUGAUGCUGACUGGGGUAAUGGCACUGAUGAUGCUUACUUUUUAGAAGCUACUGAGGAUGUUGAAUUAGCUGAAGCUGCAGAGAACAGUCUUCUCACUUCUCACAGUAGUGUAGUGGAUGAAAUUCCUGAUGAACUAAUUAUAGAGGUAUUUCAAGAGUAGCUCCCUAUGGACAGUGCUUACAUAUUCAGGCAAUAAUUUGCCUGAAGUCUGAGACUUGAUAACAGAUUUAUUAAAUUAGGCCUGGGAGUGUAGCUCAGUGUAGAGUAUCUGCUUGCCCAGCAUGAAAAAGCCCCAAGUUCAAUCCCCAACUGCACACACACAAAAUUAUUAAAUAUUUUUACAUUAACUGUGUUUUAUCACUUUAUCUUCAUUUUUAUUUAUUAAAGUAAACCAGUUUUAGUGAAAAUUAGCUUUGGUGUUUUUAAAUUCAGUAGAACUCUCAUUAACCAAAAUUGGUCUGUUCAUAAUGACAAUUUUAAAAGUUUAUUUAUAGAUUAAAACUCAUAUGUCUGGGGCUGAUUAAGAUAAGGUAUCAACAUUUUAAAAUUUAUUAAGACAUUAAUCAGAAGACAAACUUGUUUUAUUUAUUCUAGUGAUUAAGUCAUACUUUUAAAAAAUUAAAGAGUUUGAGAGGGUAAAAGACAGUAGCAUGAGAUGGGUUAUGUAGGUAAUUUUUGUAAACUGGUCUUCUCAUUCCUGGCCAAGGAGCUUUCCUAAUUGAUGGUUGAUAUUUUGCAGAUGGUUUUCAGCUCCCAAAAGUGUUCUUGCUUUAAAUAACAGAGCUGGAAGGCUGGAUGAAUCAUACUGUUGAUGAAAGAAAAUGAUAUAAAUUCACAAAUAUCAAAUAGUUUAAUAUUAGGACCAAUGUCAAUUUUGAUAGAAUUUUCCAUUAGCUAGUCCUUUCAUUUUUUAACCAAGAUCAUUAAGAAAAUUCGCUUUUAAUUCAUUUCUGGUAAUAUAAAGUUAUAAGGAAACUACUCUACAAAUCUCAAAGUGACCUCCUUAUCCAAGACGAAUUAGUUGGUUCAAGGAGAACUACAGCAUUGGAUUAAAAUAGAAAAUCAAGCCUGUGACAGGUCAAGACUUGGUCUGGUCAAGUGUGCUAAUCUGAGGUGGAGUCUGCUUGAUCUCAUGUCUAUUUUAAAACACAAGAAACUGUAAGGUAGGUUUACUUUUACUGUAAGAACUGAUGGAAUGAGAAUACCAAUCCUAUAACAGUUUAUAAUAAAAAAAAAUCCAAAAUAUCUAGAAAAAUUACUCAUUGGAAGGAUCAGUUAAAUGUCUUAAAGGUUGCCAAUUCAAAUGUUCUUAACCUAUUAAGUUCCAGGUUUUCAAUUCUGUAAAUAUUUCAGUGAAACUGACAUAGGUGCUUAUAUAUAUUGUAUAUUACAUGGUUACAUUAUAUAAUUAUAUGUUACAUAAUUAUAUUAUAUAUUUAAAUUUUUUCCACUGCUUCGGGGUUUUUCUCUACUCCUUUACUUGCAUUAAAUUGUUAAAAAAGUGAUAUAUAAUAAACUUCCAUUGCUUUAUAGUAAUGCUGUUCUUUUACUGUUUCCUUAAAGCUUAUAGUACUCUAGCAUGCAAAAACCCUUCAUCAUCUGAAGCAUGGUAAAAAGUAAAAAUCCAACUUACCGUUUCCUUUAUGUUUGGUUCUUUCUCUUGAACAACUGAAUAAUCGUGAUAAAGCUGUUUUAAAUUUGAUAAGAAAUACACUGUGUUCCUAAGGGAUGACUUUCUCUCCUUAAGUUCAUCAUAUUUUGUUUGUAGUUGUGUUAGCUGUGGUUCUAACCUAGAACAAAAAUAAAAUUUUUUCCCAAAAUAAAUAUAUAAUAAAGUAUAAUAGCCUACAAAGUAUAAGACUGUGUAUUUAGGUAUA